UGUGUCCACCAUAUUUUGCGGGAAGUUCAAUGGAAAACUAACUUCCAACAUUUCUCCCUCCUUCUAAAAAUAGCUCCUUCCUAAUUACCCAAACAGUAUAUCUAGGUUUUCCCUGUUUAGACAGCCUUAUUUCUCUUUAGCCAUAUAUAGCUAUCUUUAUAUACAUUCACACAUCAACGAAAUUCAUAAAGGUGUUUACACACUCUCGCUCGCUCUCAUUCUUUUCGAUGCUAUCAACGUUUGAUAGAUUUUGAAAUCAAAAUUAGAAGACAAGUAGCGGUUUGAGAAUUGCCUAAACUAGAAUUUCUAGAUUGUAGAAUUUGUGUUAAGAAAUUAUAAAAAAACCAUGGGAUGUUUUUCAUGUUUUUCGUCGCAAGAAAAGAAGGCAUUCAAAAGAAUAUAUAGCAAAAGCAAAGAAACAUCUCCUGUUGUUCAUCAUAGAGAAACCCUCCCGCCACAACAACAACGUCCACAUUCAUUAUCCAGGCCAAGGGCACAGCAGGACCUGCAUUCUCAUCCACAACCUCCAUCUGAAAAUAUUAUAAAGAUGCCAGCAGAAGCUACACACCAAAAGUCUUCUAACAAAGGCGACGGUCAGAACAACAUUGCAGCUCAAACUUUCACCUUCAGGGAACUGGCAACAGCUACAAAGAACUUCCGAUCAGAAUGUUUGAUUGGAGAAGGUGGAUUUGGACGUGUUUACAAGGGCCGCCUGAAUAAAACUGGCCAGACUGUAGCAGUGAAACAGCUUGACCGCAAUGGUCUGCAAGGAAACCGAGAAUUUCUUGUGGAGGUGUUGAUGUUGAGCCUUCUGCACCAUUCAAAUCUUGUAAAUCUAAUUGGAUAUUGUGCUGAUGGAGAUCAGAGACUUCUUGUUUAUGAGUACAUGCCAUUGGGAUCAUUGGAAGAUCAUCUGUUUGAUCUUGAACCAAAUAAAAUUCCACUAGAUUGGUUCACAAGGAUGAAAAUAGCAUUACAUGCUGCAAAAGGACUCGAAUAUUUACAUCAUAAAGCCAAUCCGCCAGUUAUUUACCGUGACUUGAAGUCCUCCAACAUCUUGCUGGAUAAUGAAUUUAAUGUGAAAUUGUCAGACUUCGGGUUAGCGAAGGUUGGACCUACAGGGGAGAACACCCAUGUAUCUUCAAGAGUCAUGGGAACAUACGGUUAUUGUGCUCCUGAGUACCAACAAACUGGCAAACUAACAAUCAAGUCCGAUGUCUAUAGCUUUGGUGUAGUUUUAUUGGAGCUAAUUACGGGAAAGAGAGUAGUUGAUAUCACGAGACAUGGGCAUCAACAGAAUUUAGUUAUGUGGGCUGAACCGAUAUUCAAAAACACAAGGAGACACAGUGAACUGGCUGAUCCACUUCUUGAAGCAAAUUUCCCAAAGAAAAGUUUCAGCCAAGCAGUUGCUAUUGCUUCUAUGUGUCUGCAAGAUGAUGCAGUUGUACGUCCUCUGAUCAGUGAUGUGGUCACUGCACUCAGUACCCUUUCAGCACCUGACACAGAAUUGGCUUCACCACUCGCUUCUCCAACUCAAGCACCACCCCCAAUGCAAAUGUCAACUGAAGACAGAAUAAUAUCUAUAGAAGAGUGCAAACAAGAAGUCGCAGAAGCCAUAGAAUGGGGUUCAAAUUCAAGAAUACAGAAUGCAAGAUCACUAACAUCUUGCGGUUCUUCAGUGUGACAUCGGCGUAUCACCUCCAAUAAGAUUCGAUGACAAAGGUGAUCAUGUUGCUUCAACCCUCCAGAGAUGUUGUUAAGUGAUGGAGGAGUGAUCAUCUAGUGCUACCACUGUUGAAUUCUUUAGGAAAAUGAAGCCACAUAUAUGAAUAGUACUUCAAAUAUUGUGUAUGGUACAACAAAUAGCAAAAUGGACAAUUUGUUACAGCCACUGUAGCAGGGAAUCCAAAGAAAUGAUGCAUGCUACCUCGCAGAAUGAAGAAUCGAUGUCUUUUAAGUAAUAGGGUUAAGUUAUAUUUAUCGACUCUGUAGAUUCUUUUGCGGCUAUAGUGUAAUUAAGCAGGUGUUUUGGCCAUGAAAACCAAAAAACAAAUUUCUUUAUUUGAAUUUCAAAGUUGGAGUUAGAGUAGGAGUUGAAGUUGAAAUUGUGUUUGACCAUAGUUUUUACAAUAAAAAUUUAAAGUUUAAACA